GCGGAAGAGGAAGAGGAGGCUUCCUAAACAAAAAUCAAGUCAACCAACUAGUGCGGCGGGCACUACAAAAAGAAAGGAGGCGGAUGUAUGUUGGAGGAUACGCGUAUCAAGCGUACGUUCCUCCAGCAUACGCAGCACCGCCUCCUCCGCCGCCGAUGCAAUAUCCAGUGUUGCCACCGCCGCCGCCGACGGUGAUACAAAUGCCGCCACCGCCGUCGUCGCAACCGCCAACACCGUAUCCAUAUGGAUACGGUAAUUACUAUUACCGAUAUCCAUAUCAAUAAAAACAUAUUUUAUAACCUUAUUUUAAAAA